AGUUGUAGCUUGUCAUUUGAGUGAGGAGGUUGUUUGUCCGCGCUCUUAUUUUCACUUUGGGAACACGCGCGAACAGUUACGAUUUUAUUGGUGAAAUUUCUGGUGUUUUUUUUGUGAGACAGUGAAAUUUGUGACGUACGAGAAUUUCGUGUAUUGUGAAUCGUGUUUUUUUUGAGAUGGGGCUUAAUAAUAAUACAUAAGAUAUAAAGUGAAUACUAUUCUUGAAACUUAUUCGUAUACGUCUUGAAAUAAUAAAAUAACAAAGAACAGGAAGAGUAUAUUUUAUUAAAGAAAAAACACCACAAUGCGGGCGCCCACAACAGUGCCGUUCAUAGUGUGCCUACUUUUGGCGAUUAUUGUUAUCACUGUUGCCGAUGAGAUGGCGCAUUUAUCGUUCGGAGGACCGAGAUGCCCUCGUAUGUGUUCGUGCGCUGGCACCACCGUCGACUGCUCUAGAAGAGGACUCAACGCUGUUCCCAGGAAUAUCCCUUUGGACACUGAAAGACUGGAUCUGCAAGGAAAUAACAUCACGAUUUUGUACGAGUCUGACUUUCAAGAUUUAGGAAAACUGAAGAUUUUGCAGUUAUCCGAUAACUUAAUAGGAACAAUACAGAAAGACGCAUUUCAAGAUCUAGUAAAUUUAGAGAGACUACGACUAAAUGGCAACAGUAUACGACACAUUCCAGAAAAUUUAUUUUCUAACGUGCCUAAUUUAUUUCGUUUGGAUUUAAGCCACAACCAGAUAUCUGUCCUCGGGAAAAAAACCUUUCGUGGAAUACAAUCGUUACGAAAUUUGCAAAUUGAUAACAAUAAAUUAACUUGUAUAGAUGAUAACGCGCUGAGAGCAAUGAAGGACUUGGAAAUAUUGACGUUAAAUAACAACAAUUUGACAUGGUUGGGUAAAGAUAUGUUUAGCAACAUGUUCCGAUUGCGAACGCUCCGAUUAAGCGAUAAUCUUUUCCAUUGCGAUUGCCAGAUGUCAUGGCUUGCUAAAUACCUGAGGCAUUCUUCACGAUUAGCACAAUAUACGCGUUGUUAUUCCCCAAGUCAUCUUAAAGGACAAGCUAUAGUCGAUCUUCAAGAUCGUGAUUUCAAAUGCUCAGGUUUAGUUGAAAGAGCUAUUAGUGGAGAAUGUAUCAGCGAACCACAAUGCCCUCACCCUUGUCGAUGCGCUGAUGGAAUUGUUGAUUGCAGACAAAAAGGACUAACAAAAGUUCCUGAUCAUCUUCCUGACAGCAUAACUGAAUUGCGGUUUGAACAAAACGAAAUAACUGAAAUUCUACCGAAAGCUUUCGUGGUUCACAAAAGACUCAGAAGAAUAGAUUUGAGCAACAAUAAAAUUUCAAAAAUUGCUCCAGACGCUUUUCAAGGACUUAAAGCCCUAAGUUCGUUGGUACUGUACGGCAACAAAAUAAAAGAUUUGCCAGCUGGUGUUUUCCAAGGAUUGGUGUCGUUACAACUACUAUUACUUAAUGCCAACGAGAUAUCUUGUAUACGAAAAAAUACGUUCAGAGACCUUCACAGCUUGAGUUUAUUAUCUUUAUAUGAUAACAAUAUUCAAUCUUUGGCUAAUGGAAGCUUUGAUUCGCUUAGAAGCAUUCAAACCCUCCAUUUGGCUCGGAAUCCAUUUAUCUGUGAUUGUAAUCUGAAAUGGCUGGCAGAGUAUCUACAUAAAAAUCCCAUUGAGACCUCCGGAGCAAGAUGCGAAACUCCAAAAAGAAUGCAAAGAAGAAGAAUCGAAUCAUUAAAAGACGAAAAGUUCAAAUGUAAGGGUCAAGAAGAAUUUAGAACUAAAUUUGCUGGUGAAUGUCUUAUUGACAACGCCUGUCCAUCCGGUUGUUCUUGUGACGGAACCAUCGUGGAUUGUUCAGGAAGAGAGUUGAAGGAAAUUCCACGAGACAUUCCAUUAUACACAACAGAAUUAUUACUACAUGAUAAUGAUUUGGGACGUAUAAAAUCAGAUGGACUUUUUGGAACACUACCCAACUUAAUCAAACUUGAUUUGAGACGUAAUCAAAUAACUGGAAUUGAAGAAAAUUCCUUUGAAGGUGCUUCCAAGAUAUCUGAAUUGUUGCUUUCUGAAAACAAGUUGCUGGAAAUUCAUAACAAAAUGUUCUUAGGCUUACAUAAUUUGAAAGUCUUAUCGUUAAAUAAUAAUCAAAUAACUUGUGUUAUGCCAGGAUCUUUCGAUUUUCUUCAAUCGUUACAUACACUGAAUCUGGUACAAAAUCCAUUCAUGUGCAAUUGUCAUUUAGCAUGGUUUUCUGAUUGGUUAAAGAAUAAAGGAUUAAGUGGCUCACCUCCGAGAUGCGCUGGUCCGGAUCGAGUCAAAGAAGUUCUCAUUAGAGAACUACCCAAAACUGAAUUCAAAUGUCUAAGUGAAAGUGAUCAAGGAUGUUUAGGCGAAAAUUACUGUCCUCCAAUGUGUUCUUGCACGGGAACUGUAGUUCGAUGUUCUAGGGCUAAUCUCAAAGAAAUACCUCGUGGUAUACCACCGGAAACGUCAGAACUUUAUUUAGACUUCAAUGAAAUCGACAGGAUACAAGGAGAUAGGAUUAAACAUUUGAAAUCAUUGACAAGACUGGAUCUUAGUAACAACAAAAUAGCAAUGUUAUCAAAUGACACGUUCACGAAUCUAUCAAAAUUGUCUACCCUUAUAAUCAGCUAUAAUAAGUUACAGUGCAUUCAAAGGGAUUCAUUGCAGGGAUUGUUGUCUUUAAGAAUUUUGUCUCUACACGGAAAUCAAAUAUCGUUAAUUCCAGAAGGAACUUUUGCUAAUUUGAAAUCGAUCAGUCACAUAGCACUUGGAGCGAACCCAUUAUAUUGCGACUGUUCUUUAAAAUGGUUGUCAGAUUGGGUAAAAGUUGAUUACGUAGAACCAGGAAUAGCUCAUUGCGCCGAACCUCCGGCAAUGAAAGACAAAUCAAUUCUAUCUACACCGUCUUCAUCUUUCGUUUGUAAAGGAAAAGUAAGCAACGACAUUUUAGCAAAAUGCGAUGCUUGUUAUACAUUUCCUUGCCAAAACGAAGGGAAAUGCGUCACUCUGUCUGAAGGGGACUUUCAGUGCAAAUGUGCCCCCGGAUAUCACGGAAAGAAAUGCGAGUUUAUGAUCGACGCUUGUUACGACAACCCCUGCCGAAAUGAUGGGAGUUGUAAAGUGCUUGAGGAGGGGAGAUUCAGCUGUCAAUGCCUCCCAGGGUUUACCGGAAUGCGAUGCGAACACAACAUCGACGACUGCAUCAACAACAAGUGCGAAAACAACGCCACUUGCGUCGACGGUAUCGCCGGUUACCGAUGCAAAUGUCCCGCCGGAUUCAUGGGUGAUUACUGUGAAAGAAAAAUUCCCUUUUGUACUGAACAAUAUAACCCUUGUAAAAAUAACGGUCGUUGCGUUGAUCACGAUUAUUAUUACACUUGCGAGUGUUUACCUGGUUUUAAGGGCGAGAACUGUACCAUCAACAUCGACGACUGUGAGAACCACAUGUGCCAGAAUGGAGGUACAUGUGUAGACGGUGUAAAUGAAUAUUUCUGUAAAUGUACUGGAGAGUACAGUGGGAAGUUAUGCGAAAUUACGCCAUUGGUAGCUAUGAUGUACCCACAAACUUCACCUUGCCAACAUCACGAUUGUGUUCACGGUGUUUGUUUUCAACCGUCUGGUACCAAUGAUUACCUCUGCAAAUGUGCUCCCGGAUACUCUGGAAAACGAUGUGAAUAUCUCACUAGUCUUAGUUUUAUCCAUAAUACUUCGUACGUGGAAUUAGAACCUUUAAGAACCAAACCAGAAGCUAACGUGACAAUUAUUUUUGCAACCAAGAAAGAAAAUGGAGUUUUGAUGUAUGACGGUCAUCAAGAACAUUUGGCAGUUGAACUUUUCAAUGGAAGAAUACGAGUUAGUUACGAUAUUGGCAAUUAUCCCGUUUCGACGAUGUACAGCUUUGAAACUGUAUCUGAUGGAGAAUAUCACGUAGCGGAACUGAUAGCUAUUAAAAAGAACUUUACUCUUCGCGUCGACAGAGGAUUAGCUAGAAGCAUCAUAAACGAAGGUUCUAAAGAAUAUUUGAGGUUAAGUACUCCUAUGUAUUUAGGUGGGAUACCUCCGGAAGCAGGACAGGAAGCUUUUACCCAGUGGCAUUUGAGGAAUCUAACUAGUUUUCAUGGUUGUAUGAAAGAAGUUUGGAUAAACCACAAGCCGGUGGAUUUUGGUAACGCCCAAACUCAACAGAAAGUCCAGCCGGGUUGCGGAAUAAUAAAUCAAGAUCGCGAAGAAGAUGAACAAGAAGACGAAAUGGACGAAAUGAUAGAAGAGCCUGCUAAUCCUCCGGAUCCGUGUCUCGCUAAUCACUGCAAACACGACAGCAAAUGCGUACCGACUAAAAACGGAGAAUACGCAUGUAAAUGUAGACCUGGUUUUAAGGGGAAAUAUUGCGAGCAAGGUGAGGAAGAGUUAGCUGCAACUUGCCGGAAAGAGCAAGUUCGUGAACACUACACCGAGCAUGGAUGCAGAUCAAGGAAACCUCUUAAAAUGGCCAAAUGUGUCGGCAGCUGUGGAACAAGCUGCUGUCACGCAAGAAAAAGUAAAAGGCGAAAGGUUCGUCUAAUUUGCAACGAUGGCACCCGUUACACUAAAGACAUCGAUAUCGUGCGUAAAUGCGCUUGUACUAAGAAAUGCUACUGACUGACAGACGCCGCUAAUCACAAUUCUAACGCCAAAUCAUCAUCAUCAUCAUUUAUAUCAACGCCCCUAACUGAGACUGUAUACGUGGACGACGACAUUAGCCAACCCGUUCACGCUCCCAUGACCCAAGACUUUGAACCAGAACCGGCCACAAAUCAGCCGUACAAAUUGACGUUUUACUAUGAAAACGACAAAAAUAAUAAUGCGAAAAGUAUGCAGAAUGACUCUCCUCAAGAUCCGCAAAAAGAUUACGACGGAUUGGUCGUACAGAGUUACGAUAGUACUUUUGAAGGAAAUAAGGCAGCCAGAUAUGCAAAAGACCACAACGAGCAUGAUGCUGGGUGUAUGCUUUCCGCAUUCCUGUAUUUCGUAACAAUUACUUCAUUCGUAUAUUUAGCCAUAUUGUGGAUCAAACAACGAAUGCACAUGCACGUGGAACAAAUGCAGUGGUGGUAGUACUGCGCCCCACUCAUUUUAGGAUAUUUCAAAUUUAAUAUUUAAACUUGAAGAAAUACAUCGUUUAUUCGAAGUGUAGAGUUUUUAAUUGAUUGUUUUAUAACAACGUCAAUACAAUACUAAUUUCGUUUAAUAAUUGGAUAAUAUUCCAUUAUUUAUUUAUGUUAUAAAACAAUCUCUUAUUAUUUAUAUAUAUAUUUAUAUAAAUUGCAUGUUUAGAAGAACUUCAAAUAAGUGCAUGUCGAUUCUGAAUAGUAAUUAUUUAUUACCCCCGAUUGUGAUUGUUUUUAAUUGAUAAGUAAUGAACGACGAAAAAACAAAUCCGAAAAAGACAAAUAAUAAAUAUUAAUAACAAAAACCCCGAAACAGACUGUAUUGAUAUUAAAAAGAAAAAAAAUAACAACCCUGAUGAUGUUAGAAUUGUGACUAGCGGCGUUUAAAUUUUAAAUCUUACAAAAAAACAUUAAGAAUUAUAGGUUAGGUUUUAUUGUGUGAAACACAGAGCCAUGUCUUGAUGAGCGGUAUCAAGUAAACUUUCCGAUGAUUUAUAGAAUUCAUUUGUAUGGUGUUUUUAUCGUUAUGUUUGCCUAUAAAAAAGUCAUAGAAUAAUAUUAUACUCAAAUCCAUUUAUUUUGUAGUUCUAUAAAAAUAUAAUCAAAAGAAAUGGUAUAAAAUAUUGUAACACACUGAGAUUUGUACAGUAAUUAAAAACAUAAUUCAAGGAUUGCACAAAGAUCGAUAUUUAUAACUUUUUACUUAAAAUUUUAACAUUUUUCUAAAUAUAUCUGUCAACUUCCCCUUCCUUCUAUUGUGCUAGCUCUCCUGGACAUUUUACAACUAUCCACGUAACUCUAGAAUAUUCGAUAACUGUUUAAUCACACAAGCAAAGGCCAAGCUACAUUGGAAAGAAGAAUCGCAUAUCUAGUUUUGCUUCACUAUAUAUUAAUUUGUAAUUUGCUACUUUUUCAAUCACUGGAAACUAAUGUCCAAUUUUCUAUCGUACUUUGAGCUAGUUAUCUAUUUUCUGGGAGGUUGGCUGCUAACCUAGCUCCUUAAUCUCCUCUUUUUUCUUGCAACAAUGCCACCAGGUUUCUCAGUUGAAGCAGCAGAGAGGCGGAGUCAUAAUCCUGUGCUAUACAUGCCUAUAAAUGCCCAUUAGAUGCAAAUUAAAACUAGAAGGUAAAAUAAUACAACAGAGAAUAAAAUACAAAUAUCUUAGAAUUGACAUAACCGGUUAUUGAGACGAGGUAAGAGAACAAGUAGCUGGAGCAAAUAGUAUGGCUGAACGAACAACUAAAACAAGAAACAAAGGCACCAAUUCAAAAAACAGCAAUCAAACCUAUAUAUCAGACAUAAAGCAGGAAACAUCAGAAAGGAAACAACUCUUGGAGACCACAGAAAUGAAAAUUCUCAACAAAGUUUCUGUUCACCUCCGGUUCUACCGAAAGUCGGCCAUCUUUUUGCCAUAUACAGAUCGUUUUAACUCGUCCUGGGACACCCUGUAUAGAUGAUAACUAUCCCACCUUUACUUAAAUUAAAUGUUUCAAAUAUUCUAAAGUAUUAUUAAAUUUUAUGUAACUAUUCUGAAGGGCAUGAAAUAACAUUUGAUUUCUGUGAAACCCUUGAUAUUUGUUAAAAAAUACCUGAAACCUCAGAGUGUACAGUGUUAUUAACACGAGUCGAUUAUAGUA